UCCGCUCGCUAUCCUAUAUUUGCGGCAGUCACAAGUGACAUGUUCCAGGCUAAAAGGCGGAUGUUUUUCACUUUAGUUGUGAAAAAAAGCCCUAGGGCUUUGUAAAAUAGUUUUAGAGGAAUCUAGUUUUGUCAUCUUUACAGUGAAGUGGACAGGGUGCAUUUCUCCAGUUACACCGGCUGUAAGUGGUAAGUUGACAAACCAGUUUUCUGCAGUGUUGGCUCAGAGAGUCACUUCCCCUUUCCUUGGAAGUGUUAUCUGAAUUCUUGUGUUACUAUGUCAGUUGCCUGCAGUCCUAAGACUCAGUUCUGUUGCUUUAUGGCCAAUAGGUGAAAUUGCUGGGGCAUUCCAGGCUGGAGCACCUUAGCCAGCGAAGCCGGAGGAAGAAGAAACCAUGUCAGAAUGUUACCUGUAUUAUUUAAUCAUGCUAGGACUAACCGGCAUUGGAAAACCAGUGCUAAUGAUGGGAGGGUAUGCUCAUCAGAUCUCUAGGCAUUCCACAUAUGAGAUUGUAAUUCCUCAAAGAUUGACUGACAUGGUGAAGCGCUGGACGCAUUCUCAUAAGGAGCAUUUAGAUAAUCAGCUGUCUUACUUGAUCCAAACUGGAAACGGAACAUAUAUCCUGAAAUUAAAGAAAAAUAAAAACCUUAUUGGUAAGAAUUUCAUACUAUAUACCUACAGAAAAGAUGGCAAAUUGGAGACUACUCCCUUUGAAGCUAAGACCCACUGUUAUUACCGUGGAGUUGUUGAAGGGAUUGAGGACUCUCUGCUUGCUCUCAGUACCUGUGAUGGCCUUAGGGGAAUGUUCCAUAUUGGCGGCAAGCGAUAUGGCUUGGAACCAGUCAAUGGAUCAGAUCGAUUUGAGCACUUCUUCUAUGCAUUAGAAAACUCUCCCCAUGAGCGCUUUUCAUGUGGUGUGCCAAAUGAUGACCACGAGCAGAGCACAAAGACUUUUCUCAAAUACACAAAUAUCUCACACAGUCCCUUCAAUUUGGACAAAAUUCUAAGGAGAAGGCGAGCUGUGCUGCCAGAGAAAAGAUACGUCGAACUGUAUAUGGUUGUUGAUCAAAACAGGUAUGAGCUGAAGAAAUCUGAUGCUGAAGCUGUACAAAAGGAAACAGUAGAACUGGCUAAUUAUGUUGAUGGGAUGUUCAGUCCCUUAAAUAUACAAGUUGUCCUAAUUGGGCUAGAAAUAUGGACUCAAGGAAACCCUAUAGAUGUGGAUAGUGGUUCAGCUGGAGAUGUGCUGGGCAAAUUCACAUCCUGGAGAGAGACAAAUCUCCUGAAGAGAUCACGAAAUGAUGUCAGCCACCUCAUCAUAGGGAGAAGUGCAUUUGGUGCAACGGUUGGAAUGGCUUUCGUUGGCACAGUCUGUAGUCCGAAUCACGGAGGGUCAAUCAGCACAUUUAACCAUGGCGCUGUGAUAGCUCAUGCUACAGUUGUUGCGCAUGAGCUAGGACACAAUUUGGGUAUGAAUCAUGAUGAUGGAAGAUGUUCAGGUCACUACAUCAUGCACAGUUCAGAUAAUGGGUCCAAGAACUUCAGCAGCUGCAGCGCCAAUGAUUUUGAGGACCUCAUCUUGAGAGGCAGAGGAACCUGUCUUCGAAAUCCUCCCAAGCCAAGUGAUAUUUAUACAGAGCCUGCCUGUGGCAACAACAUUGUGGAUAAAAAUGAAGAAUGUGAUUGUGGCACACCAGAAGAGUGUACCAACCCUUGUUGUGAUGCUGCCACUUGCAAACUAAAAGCUGGAUCAGAUUGUGCUGAAGGAUUGUGCUGUGAGAAGUGCCAAUUCAAGGUCGCAGGAGUGCAGUGCAGGCCAAAAAUGAAUGCCUGUGAUCUCCCUGAGUAUUGCAAUGGAACAUAUCCCGACUGCCCAGAUGAUGUGUAUAUCAUGGAUGGCUACCCAUGCAACAAUAUGAAAGACUAUUGCUAUGCUGGAAUUUGUCAGAAUUAUGAUUCUCAGUGUGAAUCCCUCUUUGGAAAGGGAGCAAAGAAAGGGCCAAAUGCUUGUUUUGAAAUAGCCAAUAGUAAUGGAGACAGGCUCGGCAACUGUGGAAUGUCAAAAGGAAAUUUUGUUAAAUGUUCUCAAGCCAAUAGCCUAUGUGGCAAGAUUCACUGCACAUCUGUCAGCCAGCAGAAUCUUCCAUCCCAGAUAUACAUCCAGAUUCAAGAUGGCGUUAGGUGUGUGACUACUGAUUUUGCUCUGGGAUCAGAUGUCCCCGAUCCAGCUUUGGUUAACAGAGGCACAGCUUGUGCAGAAGGGAAGGCCUGCGUUGAUUUCAAGUGUGUCAAUGCAAGCCUGCUUGGCUACAAUUGUGAUGUAAAGAAAACAUGCAAUGACCAUGCAGUAUGUAACAACAAAGGCAAUUGUCACUGUGAUCCUGGAUGGGCACCUCCUUAUUGUGACAAAUCUGGAUACGGUGGGAGCAUAGACAGUGGCCCAACUCACAUAGAUACAUCACUUCGUGAUGGCCUGCUAGUGUUUUUUCUGCUUGUGUUGCCUCUGCUAAUUAUAGUAGCGGUUGCAGUUGUCAAGAGGGAUGCAAUUAAAAGACGUAUUUUCAGAGAACGGAGAAGACGCCACAGGGCUGAAAAUGCACGGCAAGCAAGACAAAGCAGCACUCCAGGUGGACCAAUGCCACCAGUAAAUAAUAGGCGGCCUACGACGUCAAAUUCUGGAAUCUUUACGAUAUCACACUUUCCUGCUCCAAGGCCACCCAUACAAGCAAACCUUGGGCCACGUCCAUCAAGACCUCCUUUACGACCACCAAUCCCACCCAGACCUGUUUACGCAACUCCAUCCUGAGAAAUUCUCAAGGGAGUUAGAUGGACACAUUAAACAUAUCAGAGGGUAGCAGAAAUGUGUCACUGCUAAACCUGUUACAUAUUUUUGAAAGUAUUAUUUUUAUUGAUAUACAAGUGAAGACCUCAUUUUAAUUUCUAAAAAAAAACUGUUGAAACGGUAACAAAAGAAUAUGGGAU